AUGAAAUCCAACGUCCUCUUCAAACGUGUGUGGAAGGACAACUUGGAGGAGGAGAUGAGUAUCAUCAAGGGCUUCCUCCCCAGUCACCAAUUCGUCUCCUUGACCACUCGCCUUCUUCGAUGCCGCGAUAGAGUCCCUCCCGCCAACGACUGGGGUGACAUCGAUGUCAACUACGCCACGCUCCGCCUGAUUGGCGACAACUAUAAGAGCAUGGUGCAGGUCGGCCUUGCCUUCUCGGACAAGCAAGGGAUGCUGCCGAGAUGCCCAGUAACAAAGCGGCCCUGCGUGUGGGAGUUCAACCUCAUGGCGGUGGACGACGCCGGCAACGGCCGUGAAGCGGCGGAUCUAUCGGAGGAGGAGGAGCGAUUCUUGCAGGAAUGCUGCAGUGGUACCACGGGCGAGAGGCUGCGGAGGGAGGGGAUCCAUCCGGGAUUCUUUGCCGUUGAGUUGUGGCAGUGCGCGGUGCUCAUGCAGGAUCACAUCUGCUGGGUGGUGUUCAAAGGCGGUCUCGACUUCGUGGCGCUGCUUCGGUGGGUGAGGCACAGCGUCCAGAGCCUACCGGCCGACCGGGCGGAAUUCUUGAAGCUGCUGCUUCUGUACUUCCCGCUCUUCUACGACCUGGCUGCACUGAUGGGUCUGCACGACCAGUGGAACGACGGGACGAUCGGGGGUCUGGGGAGGUCGGUGAACAUGGAGAGGGAGGGUGAGCCUCCGCACGGAGCGGCGGCCGACUGCCUGCUGGCCAUGCGCAUCUUCACAGCGUUGAUGAAGUUAAAGCUUAGCACUGCGCUGCUGGAAUAUGCCGUGACGGCGGUCUUUGGGGUCAGCGAGGAAGGACUUGACGACGACUCUUGA